CUUAUAAUAGUCUUAUAUUAGUGUUAAUUACUCAAUUGCAAUUACUUUUGGUAUUUAUUGAACUUAAAGACCAUACAUUAAAAACUAUUACUUUUAAUUAACAUUUAAUAUAGCAAUGAAUCAAUUGUUGAAAAUCAUGAUGGCAAUGCGCUACAUUGUUUUGGGAUUUUUAUUUAUCAUGGUUUUCUGCAGUCUGAAUUAUUCUUUUCAUGCUAUCUUUGAGAACGAAUUUAAGCAUUUUAAUCCGGAACCUCUUGCAGAACAAGGAAAGAUUGGACAAUCUGAUGUUCUAACACAAGCAAAAUCUUUUAAUCGACAUCAAAAUCAACACAAAGAUGAUGAAAAAUAUACUGAAAAUAAAAAGCAUAAAAACGAACAGACAUUCUUAGAAAUCAAAACUGCAAGUGAGCCACCACAUAGUGGAAAUUAUGAACAGCCAGAUGAACUUAAAAGUGAAAGGGGGAAAGAUGGAAUAAAUAGUCCGAAGGAAAACAAAGGUGAAAUUAACACCGUUCAAGAAGAUGGUCAUAAAUACGGUAUAAUCAUCAAACCGAAAAAUGUUUACUUUGCAAAAACACACAAAGCAGCCAGUACAACAAUUCAAAAUAUUAUUUUCAGGUACGGAGAAAAAUAUAAUCUGACAUUUGCGAUGCCAUGGAACAUUCAUCGGGCCGGGUACCCAAACCACUUUACCCCCGAAGUCAUUAUGCCACUAGCACACGGUAUUGAUGAAUAUAACAUUUUCUGUCACCACACUCGUUACCAUCCAAGAGUCACCAAAUUUAUGCCACGGGAUACUCUAUACAUAGGGACUGUACGAAGUGUAGAAAGCCAAUUUCUUUCUGGAUAUAUUUUUCAUAAAUUCUAUAAAUGCUAUGAAACGGAAAAAGAUAAUAUUACUCAAAUUCUAAAAGUGAUGCUACAGAGUAAACAUGGGCGACAAUGUGCAGCAUGGAAAGUCUCCACUCAGAGCGAACAAAUUUACGAUUUUGGAUUUGAAAUAAAGGAUAUGCUGAAUGUAACAAUGAUCAAGGAAUAUAUACAGUUUUUAGACAAUGCCUUUGAUUAUAUCUUUGUGGCUGAUUAUUUCUAUGAAAGUCUGGUUUUGCUGGCAGAUAUACUCAAAGUGCCAUUAAAAGACAUGGUAUAUUUUCACCUAAUGCAGGUCAAACGACAUCCAGAAUUAAACAAAAAAGACGUUAAGAUGUUAAAAGAGUGGAAUGUUGCUGAUUAUAUGUUAUUUGAUUAUUUCAAUCAAUCUUUUUGGAGACGUGUUAAAAAAUAUGGAACAGAAAAACUAUACCGCAAUGUGGAAACAUUAAAACAACUUCAGAAUACAACCACGUUAAAUUGCACGAAAAAUUCAGUGGAUAGUCAAUGCGAAUUAAUGAAGUUAGCCGAAACAAAAUUUACCCAUGAUUUAAAAUUGAAAAUGAUUUUUGAAGAGCGUUUGAAUGCAAAAGAAAGUACUGGAAUUAAAUUCAAAACUAAAUGGCCAGGCAAAUCAAAUCAAAGUAAUUAUCCUUUUCACUCAAAACCAUUUAAAGAACGUUACUUUAAAAAUUAUCCAAGAGCCAAAUUGCAUUUACCAGAGCUAGAGCAAAUCAAGUGAAAUGGAUUUGAAAGGUUACAUCUAAAAUAUCUAACUCUAGAAUCAAUAUUUUUACAUGUUUUGUUAAGGAUUUAAUGUCAAUGUAACAUUACAUCUCACGCAUAUGCUCUAUAAUUUAUUAGUAUGAUAAAUCUAUGUCUCCCACUUUUUUGUGGUGGAGGUCAGCGGUUGAAGUUCGUUGUUCGGCGGUUCAUUCGGCGUCUGUAACGAAUGGCAGCUGGUGAUGACAUUUUGCAUGUUAAUGCCUCGUUAUGUUUUGGCAAAACAUUUUAGAUUUUCGUAGUUAGUUUUAGUGUAAAGUUUGGGAUUUUUCAUUUUAGUGCUACAUUUUAUAUUUUCAUGUGGAUGCUGUACAUUCCAAAAUGGUCAUAUUGGUACGAAAUGCGUUAAAACUUAGAUCAGAGCUCGUGAUAGUUCUUUGACUGGACUGGUGAAAAUAAAUCAACCUUUAGCAUAGAAUCAUCCUUUAUUUCAUAACCAAAGCAUGGAAUGAAAAUCAUUUUAUAUUUAGACGAUCAUCACCCUAUGUAGACGGAGCUUGCAUGCGCGGCGCAGAGUUAAUGGUCAUUUUUGAAUUUGUGAUAUUUUAUAAACUAAGCUGAUAUGACAUGCUUGACAUGUAAAAUAUAA